UCCCAUCCCUCAUGUUCCGACCACUACAAAAGAAGCGCCAAGACCCGAAGGAGGUUCUCGCACUGCUUUCAUUUGCACCUCGUUUCCUUUCCAAGGCAGUCUGAUGAAUACACCAGCUUCACCUCCUUCCUCUCCUACUGCUCUGCACGACGAGUGGGAGCUCGUGAACGACGAGGCGGAAAUCGUCGCGCCGGUGACGACGACACACAAAGCGGUGCGGCUUUAACCUGCCUGCUUUGAAGAGCUGUUGGCUUUUGUUCUGACUUGUAGACUCUUUAUUCGCGCGUUAAUGCAGAAAUCAGAGGGGUCGGAGCAAGAGGAGGAAGCAAUAAAGCACGAGGUUCCCGAGGGAUAUCUGCCCAUUCGACUGCGCCAAGGCGAAGAGAUUCGACCAGCAUGGUUCAAGGCCACGCAGCAAGUCGACAAGUUUGUCAGCAAGUUCUUUGCCGACGAGCUCGCCAAUGGGAAGAAAAUCAGGCUGAUUUAUAUGGGCAUGUUACUACUACCCAGUCGCUCGAUGGGCGAGUAUGGUAUCGAAGAAAACGGCGUGAUCCACAGCGUCAUUACGGAUGCACCCCCAGUUCCCCACCCACAAGCAGCGCUCCAGACGAAUUUCAAGGCUUUGAACCCACAGAACUCUCUGUUGCUUCUCACAGGUAUUUUCCUGUAUGGCCUGUGGACGAUCUUCUACUACUUUCCACAGUUCUUUUCGUGGAAAUCUGUAGUCCUAUUGACGCUCUUCAGUGCGAUGCACAUUUCAGCAGCCGUGUCCAGUAUCACAUCUUGAAGCCGUGUUCCCAUUCCGUUCGUUACCAAUGAUCCUCGCCGGAUAGAGCUUACUUCAAAAGCUGCUGCGGAGCCACUACAAUAGCUUGAUUUUGACCAGUUUUUCCUACUUUGGGCAGCUCAUAUUUAUUCAAAGCUGCGUUUUGCCUCGCGUAAUAAAACUAUCCUCCACACACUCGAAGGUUGUAGUAACAUGU